UCCACCAUCUCCCUACCCCUGUCUACGAGUUCCUGUAGCGUUGGGCGCGUACAGACGACAUAUGUAUAUAGUUCUAUGGGGGCGCGAUCAGUAUUUUCUUACAGUGCGGAUCCAAAAUGUCAGACAUCGAUAAAUGGAUAGAGAUCGCGAAAGAAUGCAAAUACUUGCCCGAAUAUGAUCUUAAGAAACUCUGUGACAUGGUAUGUGAUCUGUUGCUGGAAGAGUCCAACAUCCAGCCUGUGUCGACUCCGGUGACGGUGUGUGGCGAUAUCCAUGGUCAGUUUUACGAUUUAGAGGAAUUGUUUCGCAAUGGUGGCCCUGUACCAGAUACGAAUUACAUAUUCUUGGGAGAUUUUGUCGAUCGGGGCUACUAUAGUUUAGAAACGUUUACUCGGCUCCUUACACUUAAAGCAAAAUGGUCAGAUAGGAUAACGCUACUUCGUGGCAAUCACGAAUCUAGACAAAUCACGCACGUUUAUGGAUUUUAUGAUGAAUGUCAAAAUAAGUAUGGUAAUGCUAAUGCAUGGAAGUACUGUUGUAGAGUAUUUGACUUGCUCACAGUUGCUGCCUUAAUUGAUGAACAGGUUCUUUGUGUACAUGGUGGAUUAUCUCCAGCGAUAAGAACACUAGAUCAAAUUAGAACGAUUGAAAGAAAUCAAGAAAUUCCACACAAAGGUGCUUUCUGUGAUUUGGUCUGGUCUGAUCCAGAAGAUGUAGAAACAUGGACCGUAAGUCCGCGUGGUGCAGGUUGGUUAUUUGGCAGUAAAGUGACUUACAUGUUCAUGGAAGUAAAUGAUCUUAAACUCAUCUGUAGGGCACACCAAUUAGUUCAAGAAGGUUAUAGGUACAUGUUUAAUGACAAACUCGUCACAGUGUGGUCAGCUCCAAAUUAUUGUUACCGAUGUGGUAAUGUAGCUAGUAUCAUGCAGUUCACAACAGUGGAUCAGAGAACACCCGUACUGUUUCAGGCAGUGCCUGAUUCCGAGAGAGUAAUUCCACCUCUAACACCCACACCAUACUUUUUGUGAUCUAACUUAGUGGCUCAUUUGUACGGACGCAGGAGAGAAGUGUCUGUGUCUAGACUGUAUGGAAUCACAUGACUAAAUUGAUCGGACCCAGGCUGGUACUAUGACGGAACGAUAAAAUAUAUCACAAACCGAUUAUACAUAUUACUCUAGAAUUUUGAGUCUCUUAAAAAAAAAAAGAAAACAAUGAAUUAUUUGAUACGUUUUAUGAUCGAAAUAUGAUAUUUAGAGGAUUGUCGUGUGAAUUGUUGUGUGAUUACUCUUGUUCAGGGAAUGUUCUUUAGAUUUUUUAAGAACUUUAUCAGGUUUUACAUGUUAUAAAGCUAACUUUUAUAUAUAUACAUAGUAUCUGCCAUUGCAUCAGCCUGAUUUUUGUAGUUCGAGGAAAAAGAAACAAUAUUUUGCACCAGAGCAAAUAUAAACAUUCUGUGGUCUAGACGCUUUUGCUGUCUACUGUGUACAUCCAAUAGAGCAUUCAUAUCUCAGAGCAACAUUCUGGACUUUAAUGUUCAAAAGACUAAGAGCUUUCAAAUAAUUUAUGAACGCAAAUAACACAAAUAGUCCAGUGCUGUGUGCAAACAAUUAAAUAAAAAAAGAAAAAAAAAGAAAAUUUAAACAUUCCGACAAAGUACACCCUCUGAGUACAGUGAAUGCUUUUUUGAUUGCAAUCGUGCAUAGAAUUCAGGUUUAUUAAAGCGUGAGCAUAUGUAGUACUAUUAAGGUCUUCCUGAACAUAUAAAUGAUCUGUUUCUGGUUUAGGUACUGUGUGUGCUGCAUGCAGUUCUUUUUUUUUCUAGAUGCGCAAUCAGUGUUCUUAGUAGCAAAAUCGUAAAUUCGGCUCUUUUUUGCCGAGGUACAAAUAGCAUGUAGCGAUAGAGUCAAAAUUUCCUACCUAAGUAAGGAAAAAAGUCCGGAUCGUUAUAUUAUUUGUGAAGGUUUUUCUUAUUAUUUUUAUGCACAUGACAUUUUUUACGCUUAAUUUUAAGAAAUUCUGAGCGCAAUAUUGCCCUUAAGUAUCUUGAGAUACAUAUUGAUAUUCUUGAUAUUCUUUUCAAAAAUAUAUUCAUUGUUUGUUCCCGCCGCACUUCUAUAUAUAUAUAUAUAUAUAUAUAUAUAUAUAUAUAUAUAUAUAUAUAUAUAUAUGUAUAUAUGUAUGUAUGUAUGUAUGUAUGUAUGUAUGUAUGUAUGUAUGUAUGUAUGUAUGUAUGUAUGUAUGUAUGUAUGUAUGUAUGUAUGUAUGUAUGUAUGUAUGUAUGUAUGUAUGUAUGUAUGUAUGUAUGUAUGUAUGUAUGUAUGUAUGUAUGUAUGUAUGUAUGUAUGUAUGUAUGUAUGUAUGUAUGUAUGUAUGUACAAAGCAAUAUUUUCAAAUACUAUUGUAUUCUCCGAAUCUGUACAGAGUUUCCAAUAUUGUAUGCCAAAUCGCUGUCGUACUAAAUAAUCAUACUUAGCUAAUUGUCAUAAGUUCAUUAAUGUAGGGAGCAACUUUAAAAGGAAAAAAAACCGAGACCCUUGCAAUGUGCCUCUAAAUUAAUAAGCGUUUGUGUAAUAUAAUAAUAUGAUAUUAAUAUAACAUAAUUAAUGGAAUGCACCGGCCAUUGCGUAUCAUAAGCCUGAAUUCUGACCAUCGAUUUUUGCUAGCUCGCGAUAAUUCCUAAUCGAUCACAGACCCGACAAAUACGGCAUUGACAUUGUGGCUGGCUGUCAAGUUGAGACUACUCUAUUUUGAAUUUUGUGAUAUAGAUCGAAGGAGGCGUGUGCAAUGGUCAUGUCGAUGUUUAUAACGACUCUCCUUGUCACACCAUGUGAUUUCGUGAAGACCCGUUAUUUUAAGAAAUAUAAUAAACUUUUGAACAGUGCCUUCAGAACUAUAACAUGACGGUCUACUAGAAGUAUAAAUGCUUUCUUACUGACAGAUAAUCAUAGACGAACUAAGGACAAAGAAUCAUGCAAAUACCAAAGCUUAACGAGAACAUGUAUGAAAAAAUACUUUUUAUCAUUUUUAACGUUCUAUCUCGCAAGCUUUUUGCUAUAUAUUUGGAACAAAAGUUUUCUUUUUUCGCGAAACUUUUCUACGUAUGUUUACGGUAUGUUUACGUUUUACAAUUUUACUAUACUCUUACUUCCCUUUUAGGUCUUACAUUUUACAUCACGCGCGGAAGAUAUUAUCCAUCUAUUACAUUUAUUGCAACGUACGUACAAUUAUGCAACAUUUUACACGAAUAAUAUAUUACAUUAGAUAAAAAGCGUACCCCCAAGAGAACGAAACGAGAGAGACACGGAGCUUGCGUUACAAACUCGACUCGCUACAUUUGCAGCCUCCGAGUCGUGAAAUGGAGUCGCAACGACGGGAACGCCCUAUGUGCGAUAUGGGAAUCAUAGAAAUCCUGAAAAGUAUUAGCCACUGUAUCAGUUAUCGGGGUGUUCGCGGCGUUUCCUCUUUCAAAAUGCCUCUGUCUGUGAUCGCUUUAAUCUUAUCGAAGUGUCCAAGCACUUGCGACGACUCGAUACUAAUAAUCGGCACGCACGCGAGAGAGAACAAAUAAAGACAAUUUGCAAGAUUAAAUAACGAAGACUAAUUUAGCUUAAUGUGCUCCGUGCGGGAGCUUGAACACUGCGCAUAAUCCUUAAAGAUCUCACAGGUAGACAUCAUUUUAAAACGAUCAUCAUGUACCUUGAAAGUAUAGACUUUGUUAUGUUAAUGUAAUGAAGAACGUCUGUAAUAAAAAUGCGUGAAAAAUCGCA